AUGAGCUUGGCGGGUACCAAAACCGCUAGUCUUUCACGUAUAGAUUUACACCACGCUCUACUCGAUUCAGAAGCUGAUUUCUCCUUUAAGAAUCCUGUGAUAUCGCAAUCGCCCAGCGUCACUCCGCGAUACGGCCACACAGCGACUAUAGUCGAUAAUACCUUAUAUAUAAUCGGAGGGAAAUCUGACCAAAGUACCUUUGUAUCAGAGAUGAUUACUAUCGAUUUGACACAGUCAAUUAAUGCUACCGAUCCCAAUUGGGUUGUAGUAAAUUCAAAAGACAUACCAAAAGUUAGUGGACAUUCCGCUGUGGCCGGCGGAGCAUCUUUGAAGGAAAUUGUUGUCUUUGGAGGACUAGAACCAAUGCCAAUGGCUCAACAAAGUCUUUUUGUAUAUAGCACUGCAAAUAACACUUGGGAUAACUUACAACUUCCCCAGGAGCCCGUGCGUCGAUAUCAGCAUUCGGCGAUCGUUAAUGCAACAGGUCACAUGAUCUUGUUUGGCGGAAUGAUAGACUCGAGUGUAGGUGCAGUGGCUUCCUACGUUGCAGACGAGUUCUGGAUAUUUGAUACUGUCAUGUUAAAUCAAUGGUAUGGAUUUCCGUGUAUUUCUACUACGCCUGGAAGGAGACAACGGCAUACUGCAAGUGUGAUUGGGACGAAAAUGUUUAUUAUUGGUGGGAUAUCUGAAACCGGUGCUCUUAUCGAUAUGGAUGACGCGUAUGUUUAUGAUAUGAUUUCAGCUGUCUGGUCGUCACAGCCUGUCGAAGGCCUUAUUCCAAAAAUGAGAUGUGAUCACACUGCUGUUGUAUAUAAGGAUACAAUUAUAAUAUAUGGUGGGACGACAACUGAAGGAGAUACAUUCGGAGAUGUCGCUGUGUUGAAUACGACAUCUUUAUUGUGGACUUUACCAGAUACGGUGAACCCUCCGCCUCCUAGAUGGAAGCACUCUGCAAGUAUAAUUGGUGAUAAUAUGCUUGUAGCCUUCGGACGAGUUGGUGCAGAAGCCGACUCGCAUAUGUAUAUAUUAACAAUCAGCAACUGGACAUGGACUAACGCAUUUGGUUCAUCCGGAGUUCCCCCAUGUAAUAAUAACCCUACAAAUACACAACCAACCGCUCCAGUUGUAGAAAAGUGGAGCCACAAAAAUCUCUGGAUAGGACUUUUGGCUGGUGCAGCUGUGUUGAUCGCCGCUCUAUUGGCUAUAAUAUUUAUCAUUCUCAGACGCAAAAAAGAACCACCAGAACAGACAUUCGAAGUGAUUCGUCAUAAUUUCCGUAACAAUGAAAUAUUUCCCCCAAUGUCUGCCGUCACAACACGGAAUCGGCCAUCCAAUAUACGCGUAAUAGACUCCCCUUACACGGAUCGAUUCUCAGUCCCGUCAACGCCUCUCACCCCGGGCACCCCAGGGACGCCCGGAACGCCUGGGACGCCAAACUCGAUCUGUAAAUUACUAUCAAAUUUGAGUCCACGUGUCUCGAGGCAAUUCAAUUUCAAUUGCACAUCAGAUACACUACCAUCGCCUUCAUUAUCCUCUGAUGACGUUAGUAUACUUGAUAUUCCACGAGAAAUUAGUUCGAUACAAGGGUCGUUAGAACGGUACGCAGAAGGUUCUGGAAGAAGCCUUGGAUCUCUAGAUCAAAUCGAUGGAAUUGAUUAUGAUGUACAAACAAGGGAUAGUAUUAUUGUUAAUAGGUUACCGCUUAUUGUAGUUAAUCCUGAUCGACGGACGGAUUCGGAAGAAGAAUAG